GCAACUGCCAUUGUCGUGUGCGGAUGGCGGAGGAGCGGGAGGAGGCGGGCGUGGCGCUGACGGGGAGGCGGGCGCGGGCGGACACGAGGCACCCGGUGUACCGGGGCAUCCGGUUCAGGGGCGGCAAGUGGGUGUCGGAGAUCCGGGAGCCGGGCAAGGCCAGCAGGAUCUGGCUGGGCACGUACCGGACGCCCGAGAUGGCCGCCGCCGCGUACGACGUCGCCGCAUUGGCGCUGCGGGGCGCCCAGGCCGCCGGCCCCGCGCUCAACUUCCCCGGCGAGGCGCUGACGCGGCCCGCGCCGGUCUCGGGCGCGCCGGACGACAUACGGGCGGCCGCGGCCGCGGCUGCGGCAAUGGUUGUCGACGCCGGCGGCAGCUCCGGGAGCUGCGGUGCGGGUGAACAGGGCCGCGUCGUGGACGAGGAUGACGUCUUCGAGAUGCCGCGGCUGCUGGCGAGCAUGGCGGAGGGGCUGAUGAUGAGCCCGCCGAGGCUGGGCGCGGCGACGGCGGUGGACGACGACCAGGAUGGCAGCAUGAGCUUGUGGGAGCACUCCUGAGAUUCUCUUCUCCUGUGUAGCCGGUGUGUUGCACAUGCACUAGUACGAAACUUGAACGGGAAGACAUAGCACACAAGUACAGAGAGCUGUGCGAAUUUUGCGGUUCCCCUUAUCGAUACGUGGCAUGAUGAUCUCGUCGCAUUGGUCAUCCGUCCAGUCCAGGAUAUGCCAUCGGUUACAAAUACACAAACUAAGGGAAGCGACCCGCAAAUUUCUUCCAUGUCCGUUCACGGGGACACGGAUGAAGAAGACCGCCAUCCAACGUUAACAUGUAUAUGUUCAUCA